AUGAGGAAUUUGUGGAAGAUCGAGAAUUUUGCGGAUGUUAUGAAACCUUCUUUAUUUAUUUGUCGUUUGUACGGGCUCUUGCCGUAUCGAAUGGAGAACGAAAAGAUCACGCGAUCGAGACUGAUAAAUAUUUACUGUAUCGCGUUCACAACUUUAUACUUAAUAUUCUCCAUGCUGAAUCUGUAUAUUUUGAAUGCAUCCUCUUACGUCAAGCGUAUCAGCACGUGGAUGCUGCAGAGCAAUUGCUUUUACGCCUUGGCCAAUUUCAUUAUCGUGUCCAACGCGGCGUUCGGCUCGCAAGUGAUAACGAUUCUGCGCACCCUCGAGAAAGUAACGAGAAAACUCCCGAAAAGCGAAUUGGACAAAGUGGCCAAGUGGAUCUGCAUCAAGGACUUGAUCGUUUACGCCCUGCUGAUCGUCCACACGCCAACCCUGUUUUCCGGCGAUAUUUACAACUGGAUAGCGAAAGUCAUCGCCAGCUACUCGACGACGGUGAUCUACUUGCUGGACUUGCAGUACAGCAGCUACGUCUACAUCCUCGGCAGCUGCUUCAAGUUCAUCAACGCGGAAUUGGCGAGGCUGAAGGACAAGGCCUUCACCGAGAAGGCCCAUCUGCUCAGGCGCGUCUAUCACCAUCGCUUCAAUCCCACCUUGUUUGUGAAGCUGCGCCACUUGAAGCAGUGGCACUACGAGCUCAACGAAGCCAUCAGAAAAAUCAAUCUGACGUUCAGUCUGCAGAUAAUCAGCACGCUAAUACUGACUUUCACCGAGCUGACAUUCGGUCUGUACUUCAAUAUUUACGAUAUGCGCCACAAAAACAUUCGCAGUUUAAACAACGAGGUGUGGUACUGUUAUUAUUAUACCCUGGUGGUGUAUUACACGCUGAAGCUCUUCCUGCUGACCCUGACUUGUCAGUUUACCAACGACGAGAACGACAAAUCUCACAUUAUCAUCAAUGAAAUAUUGAUAAAUACCGAUGACAAGCUAUUUAAAGAAGAACUGUACUUGUUUUCGUUGCAAUUGCUUCAUACGAAUAAUACAUUUAUAGCCAAGGGCGUGAAAAUCGAUGCCACGCUUUUAACAGCGAUGGCCAAGGGGAUCUUCACGUAUCUCCUCAUACUUAUCCAGUUCUUAGUCUCGAGCUGAUCCGUAAUCCGCAGCCGUCGCCGCUCAGUCGUACGAGGGGUUGCCUACAGCACAGCGUAUUUCAAUUCACUCGCAGCAGCAGCAGCAAUUGCGUCUGUGCAUUGUGUAGACUUGU